GUGGAUCUGGUGUGUGUCUAAUGGCUGAACAACAACAACUGUCGGCGAGCGACAAACUUUCACAAACUUCUACGGAGACGAAAGAAAGUCGGAUAUAGCACACUGGUUCGAUUCUAUGAUAGUUUAGGCGUGUUUGUCUGUUUUUCUUGUUGUCACAAAUGUGGAAUUACUGAUGGAUCCGAGAUAUGAUAUACCGCGGAGGGCCGCCGGUGGUGGCGGGGGCUCCGCGAACUCGUCUCCCGCUCUGGGGGCUCAGUCGCGCCGCAGGAAGAUGCCUCCCAGACCCGCUGAUUUUAAACUUCAAAUUAUCAUUAUUGGCUCCCGUGGUGUUGGUAAAACCAGUCUCAUGGAGAGAUAUACGGACGACACUUUCUGCGAAGCUUGCAAGUCGACAGUAGGAGUUGACUUCAAAAUCAAGACCGUUGAGCUGAGAGGGAAAAAGAUCAGACUACAGAUAUGGGACACUGCUGGUCAGGAGAGGUUCAACAGCAUCACCUCGGCCUACUACAGAGGUGCCAAGGGAAUAGUGCUAGUGUAUGAUAUCACCAAGCAGGAGACCUUUGACGACCUUCCUAAAUGGAUGAAAAUGAUAGACAAGUACGCCUCAGAGGAAGCAGAGCUUCUCCUGGUCGGGAACAAGCUGGACUGUGAGACCGAUCGUAUCAUCUCCAGACAGCAAGGAGAGAGGUUUGCCUCUCGAAUAAGUGGAAUGCGCUUCUGCGAAGCCAGUGCCAAGGACAACUUUAAUGUGGACGAGAUCUUCCUGAAGCUUGUGGAUGACAUUCUUAGCAAGAUGCCUCUGGAAGUUCCCAACAAGGAGCUUUCCAACAGUGUCCUGUCUCUGCAGCCUGAACCGGAAGUGCCUCCGGAGUUGCCUCCACCUCGCAUGCGCUGUUGCUGAGAGUCAGAGUGGUCUCUCUCUCACACACACACACACACACACACACACAGACACACACACACACACACACACACACACACACACACACACACACACACACACACACACACACACACACACCACACAAACACACACACACACACACACACUCACUCACACUCACUCUCAGCGCUCACAGCUCACACAUGCAGAGCAUCAAUCUGGCCACUAGGGGGCAUGACACAGCAGCAGUUUGGAAAUAUUGACUACUGCUGUUCAAAUGCAUGGACUCUCUUUAACAACCAGUAUUAUCUUCCCAUGUUUCUUCUCCUGUUUUGUAACUGUACACUCUGACAUGUGCCACACUAACACUUAGCGCCUGGCAAAAUCACCCACUUCCUACCACCUUUCUGUCGACACUUGACCCAGACUACCUCAUUCCUCGGACCGUUAGGCUUGCCGUGCCCCACAGGUGCCUUCAAGGUAGAGAGCCCUCUGGUAGCAGUUGCACAUUUUCUAUGGAGGGGGAUUAUUGAGGGCCUUACAGCUUGUUCUCUUCCUGUUUUCUUUUGUCAUCACACAUACUGUAGACUAUGUUUAACAUCGUCUGAGUUGCCCUGAUGUUUCUGUUAUCUGCAUUUUCUAGCUCACAGAAAAGGGAUAACGAUAUCUCAUGUCUUUUCAGCUUAGGUUAAAUUCUGGGUCUGGUACAGUAGUUUUAUAUUGUUAUUAAUAGGUUUUAUUACCAAGUGAGGAGUUGACUUGAGGUAAACAAAAGCACAUGAUGUAAAUAUGGUGUGUUGCUGUAAUGACUGGACAAGGUGCAGAUUUUUGUGGCCAGCAGAAGGUGGUUUUGUGGUGGUGAUCAUAUCAGUUUGUAUUCCUUUGCCUUAAAGUAUUAAAGUGGCUGGAACGGCUCUUUUCACAUUUGUAUAAAUCGUAAUGUUUUGCACUACAAUCCAUCUUAACUAGUAAAGCUGACAUGCAGUAGAAGAAAGUACACAAGUUGUAGUAUAGCACUAAUAAAGAUCAGCGUUUGCCGCAGUAGUGGCCGCUCGGAACCACUCUUCCACAUCCUGUUAAAGUGGGUUGGAGAUGCAAGGAGAGAUGGGUAAUGUAGUCUUUGAGGGAUUGGUGUUUUUCACAGGGACAUUUUCCAUGUGUGUUACUGGCUUUUCAGAGGGAAAUAGAGACAGUAAGAAGCUACACAGACACAUGGUUUUCGCCUUCAUUUUAAUAUUUCUAAGUGUUUUUGUUUUGACCUUUUUCCUUUGAAUUCAGAUACAGUUUAGAGAGGAGUCUCCCUUUGCAGGGUGAAAAUGCAGGAAGGGUUGUGUUGUAUUUGAAUGACUCAGGAAACUUUGAUCGGCUCAUUUUCUCUGGCUUUUUAUUGCAGACUUGCUUCGAGUUUCAUAUCAAAUUAAUAAAGAAACAUCUUCAUAAAAAUCCCGCUUGUGUUUUAUAGAGGAGGUUAGCAGCUUUGAAUUUAUGAUUUGGCAGUUUGUUAUGGACCAGUGUGGAGAUUAUGCACAUUUGAAAAAUACUAGGCUAUGCAUGUUAAGCCCUCCUUCGUUCAUAGACAUUGGUCAUGAUUAAAUUCUUCCAUCUUUGUUGUGGGAUUAAUGCAGUAAGAGAAAUGUAGCGCUGUGGAUGUUUCUGUCUUGUUACAUGUUGAAGUAAAAACUGAGGCUGAGGAAGGACGAGAUUUGGAAUUAAUCAAACCGACUUUCUAUAGGUUAAUUUUAUUUUUUGCUGAGGUUUUAUGUUAAGUUCAGGCUUUUGUGGACUUAAAAUGGCACAUUUUGUAUUCUAACAAAUGAAUAGUUUCAUACCAGAAGAAAAAUGUUGAAAAAAUGAGACUUUUGGCAACAGAACAGUCACUGACAUCCAAGCACAACGACCUUCACAUGCAAAUGUCCAAUUUAGCAAUUCGAUCACUCGUGUUUUGAAAUGCUGAGCUGUAAACAUUUCUUCAGACAUUGUUUUUUGGAAUGAAACCUUUCACCAACCCCCCCACCCCACCCCCAACCCCCACCUGACUUUUAGCAUUUGCCACUAACCCUGUUUUAGUAGCCAAGCCUUAUGCUACUCUGUGUUUUAAAUAUACAUUAAAACAAAUGCUUUUAUUUGAAAUGUGUAUCCUUUAAGAUGGAAGACUGUACUUUGUAUUAAACCUGUUUCAAGUCUUUGGGAAGUUUUGGCAUGUUCAAAGCGGAUUUGUGGUAUUUAUAACUUGUGGCAUUCUUGAACUAAUGAAAUGCAAUUAAAGAUAUCUAUAUUUAUUACCAGAA